UGAGGUUGACGAUGUCGGUUAAAAUUGUCCAUACCUUUUUCGUCCUUUCUGUUUGGUCCCGACAUGAAUCUUCCUUUUAUUUGGCAUCAAAUAAGCCUAACGCCUGACUUUAUCAUUUUCUUAGGUCUGAAAAACCUCUUAUUUAACUACUUAAUUUCCUAGGACACUGGGGUUAUCAUUCUUGUGACUGUUUCAAUAUUUAAGAGCCUGUGCCUUGAAAGUCUAAUAUAUAUAUAUAUGUGUGUGUGUGUGUGUGUGUGUUUUUGGCCUUCAAUACAAACUUUUUAUCUCGAGACAAUGAGAACCAAGCGAGAGAAGCGCUCUGAGGACUUUUGGCCUUCCAUGGUGAUGAAAAAGUGGUUGAAUAUCAAGCCUAAGGUGUAUGAUUUUGGUGCAGACGAGGUUGACACCGAAAGUGAAGAUGAUGUGUAUUCUCUUAAGGAUGAAAGAAUGCACGUGUCUGAGGAUCUUGCCCAUAGAACACAGGAAAACCAGUUCAUACGCCCCGGUCAAACUUCAGGUUAUCAGUCAAGACACAAGAGAGGGAAAUCAGAAACUUUGCGUGUGCAAUACAUAAAUACAAAGCAUGUGAGGGUGACAAUUGGCACUUGGAAUGUUGCUGGAAGACUUCCACACGAAGAUCUUGAGAUUGAUGACUGGCUUUGUACAGAAGAGCCAGCAGAUAUUUACAUUAUUGGUUUCCAAGAGGUAGUCCCUUUGAAUGCUGGGAAUGUACUGGGAGCAGAGGAUACCAGGCCCAUUCCAAAAUGGGAGGAGAUCAUACGAAAAACUCUCAACAAGUCUUUGGAACCUGAAAGCAAACACAAAAGCUAUAGUGCCCCAUCCUCCCCUGUGUUGAGGACUUCUUCUGUUGCUGACAGGCUUGCAUCCGAGGCUGAUGCUCAUUCAGUAACAAUGAAGAAUGAGGAAUAUGUCAGGACAACAAAAUGUUAUGACAUGGAACCAGAGGCACUGGGUAAAGGAGUUAAUAUUGGAAUGAAUUUACAAUUGAAGAGAAUAUAUGGCAUUGAUUGUGACAGUAGAUUAGACUGGCCUGAGCAUUCAUUAGACGCAGCCCCUCAGGUUAUCUCCUCCAAUUUGAAAUUGCGAAGAGUCUUUAGCAGUUCCGGAAGAAUUGGCUUUAACUUGACGGAGAAUUCUCUGCUAGGGAGUCCCAAAAAUUUUGCAUUAGAUGGUAGUAGAUUGAAACGUAUGCACUAUAGCUCUGGUAAUCUAGGCUUGAUGUGGAUGGAGCAGAAAGAGAAGCCUGAAGUUCUUGAUUCUCUCUCUGAUGUGUCCAACACUUUUUCUGAUGAGGAAUAUGACAAAUUUCUUGAAUUACCAGAGGAGCAGCAUACUUGGGAAGUUAGUGAAAAUGAUGUGAAGUCAUGUCCUACAUAUGUGAGAGUUGUCAGCAAGCAGAUGGUAGGGAUAUAUGUAUCGGUUUGGUUGCGCAAGAGGCUGAGAAGGCAUAUUAAUAAUUUGGAAGUUUCUCCCGUUGGAGUCGGUCUAAUGGGCUACAUGGGAAACAAGGGCUCUGUUUCUGUAAGUAUGUCAUUGUUUCAAUCACGGAUGUGCUUUGUUUGUUCUCAUCUGACCUCUGGUCAGAAGGAUGGGGCUGAGCAGAGGCGAAAUUCUGAUGUGUAUGAAAUAAUACGGCGUACCCAUUUCUCAUCUAUCUUCAAUACAGAUCAACCACUGACUAUUCAUUCUCAUGAUCAGAUAUUCUGGUUUGGGGAUUUGAAUUAUCGUUUCAACAUGUUGGAUGCUGAAGUUAGGAAACUGGUUGAUCUUAGAAGGUGGGAUGAACUUCUCAACAACGAUCAGCUAAGCAAAGAACUUCGGAGUGGGCAUGUAUUUGAUGGAUGGAAAGAAGGGGGGAUAGACUUUCCACCCACUUACAAGUAUAAAAUCAAUUCCGAUAGAUAUGUUGGUGAGAACCUAAAAGAAGGGGAGAAGAAGAGAUCUCCGGCCUGGUGUGAUCGUAUACUGUGGUUGGGAAAAGGUAUAAAACAACUUUCCUACAAAACGGCUGAAAUAAGACUCUCAGAUCAUCGACCAGUUUGUUCAGAUUUUUUGGUUGAAGUUGAAGUCCUAGACCAUCGGAAGCUGCGAAGGGCUCUCAAAUCCAACAGUGCAGCAAUGCAUUCCGAAAUUUUCCUGGACGAUUAGAUUUGGAAUGCGUGAAUCUUAGCAGAUACCAGGCAAAACAAAUCAUGUUGGCAAUGGCAGCAACAUUGGUACUUCUGAUCAAUCAUGUUAGAAGCUUACACGAAAUUGGUCGUCACGGUCGAGUAACUGCAGCUUGGAACACAAGUAAAGACCUGAGUAAGGUCAUACAACUGUAAAAUCCGAAAACAGUUGAUAGGAAAAACAGAUGAAUAAAUGUACAUACAAAAGGCCUAAUACAUUUGUUUUCUGUUUUUGUUUACAUAGUAUUUUCUUUCUUUACGUUUUAUGAGUUUGUGGAGCUAAAAAAACAAAAAUUUCAUCUGCGACUUUACCAAUAAUUGGAUAUACAUGCAAAUUUUUGAGCUUGGUUUA